AUGCAGUGCAAUAUCAUUGUAUUCCUGGUCUUCAUCAUGGGAUUAUUGGCACCUUGGUCUAAGGUGCACGGUUUGUUUCCCUCUCUGGAUGCCAUUUGGGAAGGUAAGACUUCCAUUUUUGUGGCCCUCAUAUGCCUCAAGUCUGCUGGGCCUCCCUGCAAGUUAGGCAUCCAAUGCCGAACGGAAUGGGAUUUGGAGGCACCGGCUUUGCGCUAAUAUCAUGAGAACAGUUCUGUGGCGUGCGCCACUCACCUCCAACACUGGGCGACAAAUGCUCUGCCUUUUCACAUUCUGUUCACCCUGCCUGCAUACAUGCCUCUCAGCUCGGGACUUUCGCCCUAAUGGAUACAUAAGGUCCCAUUAGCACUAUACCGUUAAAGCAGUGUUAUACCACUUUAAACAGCCAUAGCUUUUACCAACGUAUCCUGGGAAAUGUGAAUUGUUAAGGCUGUUGAGAGUUGUUAGGAAAUGCCCAUCCCCCUCUAUUUCCAGAGCAGUUUAACAGGGAAUCCCAAUUGUAGCUCUAAUUCCCUCCAUCAUUUCUCUGAUGAAGUGCUAUUUUUCUAGAAAAAGAGGUGCCAGACUCACCAUGAAUGACUCCCUCAUUUUCUUAGAAUGGCAAUGGUGCCCACCUGAGAGGUGCCAGAACUGAGUUUCGGUGUGUUCGGGCUGAAAAAAAGCCGCGGGGAUGUCCUAUUCUGUACGCUCUUGGAGUGCCAGCUUGGCGCAGCAAUUGUGGGCGCCAUGUAGUGUGCAUGGCCCUGGCAUCAAAAUUUGUGGGUGCUCUGGCGCCCUGGGCUCCAGGGAGUUGGCACCUAUGAUACCCUCCAAUAUUUAUCUGAUGAAAAUAGGGGCAUCCUAAGGAGAAGAGGGACGCGGGUGGCGCUGUGGGUUAAACUACAGAGCCUAGGGCUUGCCGAUCGGAAGGUCGGCGGUUUGAAUAACCACGACGGGGUGAGCUCCCGUUGCUCAGUCCCAGCUCCUGCCAACCUAGCAGUUCGAAAGCAUGUCAAAGUGCAAGUAGAUAAAUAGGUACCGCUUCAGUGGGAAGGUAAAUGGUGUUUCCAUGCGCUGCUCUGGUUCACCAGAAGCAGCUCAGUCAUGUUGGCCACAUGAUCUGGAAAAACUGUGUGUGGACAAACGCCGGCUCCCUCGGCCAGUAAAGCGAAAUGAGCACCGCAACCCCAGAGUUGUCCGUGACUGGACUUAACUGUCAGGGGUCCUUUACCUUUACUUUAAGGAAAAGCAGGACAUUCCAGGAUCAAAUCAGAAACCAGGACGACUUCUGUAAAUUCAGGACUGUUCCUGGAAAAUAGGGACACUUGGAGGGUCUGAGCUCUGGGGGCGGGGGAAAUAGAGGCUUCCUAAAAAUGGACAUUGCAGAAUGUACAAAAAUAUAUAUACAUUCCCUACAAAAGAGACAGAAAACAUUUGAUUCCUGAGUGUGCUGAACUAUCUAAUAUUAGAAGCACUGGGGAAGGUGGCAGUUUUUCUUAUCACAAGUUUUUAAGCACCCUUAAAAUAUUUUUAAAAACAAGUUUCAGCUUUUAAAAUGGUUUGGGAGAAGCCAUGGCAGUUUAAAGUGGUAUAAUAUUGCUUUCAAAGUUUAGUGCGGAUGUUUCCGUACAGGGUUCAGUCACUCCACCCUGUAACUAGUGACUGGCAGUCCAACCCUAUCAAAAUUCACAAUCUGUCUUCUGUGUUACCCUUUUAAAAAUAUAUAUAUUCAUGUUUUGAAGUAUUUUGAUAUUUAAAUUCACAGUUAUAUGAGGUGUUCAGAGGGAUUUUAAACCAUGUUCUUCUUCAUUCUCUUUAACUUUCUAAAAAAAAGCCAACAUCUUGAAGAGGCUAGUGUUGUAAACAAAAUCUGCCCUUAUAGAGUCUUUUGUAGGUUCUUCAUCGGUAGGAGAAAAUAACAGAGGCCAACCAGAGUAUAUUGAGAAGCAAAGCAGCUAGUAAGCCUGAUCUUUAUUAAAGCUGUUGCAACAGGGUGCUCCCCUCACACACAAGAGAGCGGGGGAGGACCCAGAACAAAGGUGUGCCCGCCCUUAUAUAUACAUUUUGAAAUUCCCUGCCCUGGAGCUCAAGACCACCCCUCCAUACAUCAUACAUACAUCACAGAAGGGGUGUAGCCCCAGACCCCCCCCCCACAAACAUCAUACCUACAUCACAGAAAAGGCGGUCUACAACAGAAAUUUGAAUGUUGUUGUUUUUCUGUGUCUGCCAGGUUAUCUGAUAAUGCCUUAUCUGAUUGCCUUUUCUGGUAGUCUGGCCUUUGAGAUGGUAAUUACUUAAUUCCUGAGACAAUGGGAAAGUUCCCUCACCCCCUCCCUCCUUGCAGAGAAACAUUUGGUCAGUUUGGGAGUCAAAAUGGUUUCAGGACUAUCUUCCUGUACUGCUUCAGACAUGUGGUUUAUAUAUUUAUGUACGUGUUUGCUUGGUACAUUUAUGAACAUUUAUUAUAUAUAUAAGACCUUACAUUUUUUUAUUACACUAGGAAGUGCAAUAUAUUUAGUGCAUUUUCAAAACACAGCCAGAAUUAUCUCUUGAAAGAAGGCUUUGUGAUCACAUGAAGUUAUUUCCAAGAACAACAUGCAACUAAAAAAAAAAAAGUUCCUUCAGAUCACAACACGGGAGCUCCCAUACUUUCCCCCAUACAGCCCUUGGAAACAAUUGCUGACCACACAGCAGAUGUUUAACACACAAUGCUUCCCCCCAAAGAAUCCUGAGAACUGUACUGUAGGCCACAGAGCUACAGCACCCAGCAGCUUUAACAAAGUAGAGUUCCCAGGAUUCUUUGCGGGAAGUCAUGAUCUUUAAAUGUGUGGUGUGUAUCAGACCUUCCAGUUGUCCCUGUUUUCCAGGGCCAGUCCCGGAAUUACAGAAGCCAUCCCAGUUUCUGAUUUGGCCCUGAAAUGUCCCUCUUAGGGGAUGGAGUUAUGCAAUCCCUGAGCAAGGAGAUACAACCUUUAGAAGAAACCUGGAAGCAGUCCUGUAAAGAGAAGUUUUUUUAAAAAAUUUUUUUAAUGCUUAAUGAUUAUUUUACAUGUUGGAAGCUGUCCAGAGUGGCUGAGGCAACCCAGUAAGAAGGGUGGGCCAUUAUUUAUUAUUAUUAUUAUUAUUAUUAUUAUUAUUAUUAUUAUGGAUGGGCUAUCAUCAUCAUCAUCUCUAUUUUCAUUGGAGAAAUGUUGGCAGGUAUGGUGUACGCAGCCCAAAAUUAUGUGAUCUCGUUUCCAGUGACCUUUUUUAAAGUAUGCAGCAGGAGUCACACUUACUAGCCUCUAGGAGAGAUGUUUAUCUUCAGGAAUGUUAAAGAAAAUAAAAGUGAAUAUGGCCAAAAAGCCCCUGGACUGCCCACCGCACCGGGUGGAAAAUGUAUAUUAUUUCACACACUCCGUUUGGAUUACAGCAGCAAACUUCACGAGAUCAAAGUCCAGCAGCAAACUUCACGAGAUCAAAGUCCAGGCAAGUUGUACAUAGUCCAGGCAAGUUGUACAGCAAAGUCCAGGCAAGUUGCACAAAGUCCAGGCAAGUUGUACAGUAGCAAACUUCACGAGAUCAAAGUCCAGGUAAGUUGUACAUAGAUUUGAUUUGCAGAUUAGGGACAUACUAUAUUCAACAUACUAUAUUCAACAGAGUAUAACACAUUUCAAGUCAGGGUCUGCUGCAUCUGCUGCCUCGUUCCUCCAUAUACACCUUUGCUCACUUUCUAGCUCUCCUGAUGAUAUAGCAUGUGGAAUGGUUUUCUUAAACUAGAGCACAUGGGAAUGAAAGAGCUUUGAAAGGACCAGCGGAGGGAGAGGGAAGGAGGUGCAACAGCCUCAUUGUCAGGGUGAUCCCACAGACCUUUACUCAGGCAAGAUCGACACAGAUAUAUAUAUAAUAAAAACAUUCUGAAAACACUCUGCAAAAAACAGCUCUAUAGCACCAUUUGGUGUCACAGUGUUAUAAUGCAUUUAUUGACUAAUGUAGCUGAGUUCUUUGUUUAUUAUGGUGGUGUGCUAUAGUCUUCUUAAGGGCUGUGGGAGAAACCACAACCAGACUCUGCAACUAGGCUCCCAGUUGGGUUCUUUGGUCUAUGUGACUCUUGGAUCCCAUUUGGGAAGGUCCAUCUUUGGCUGCUUGGCAGAGAUGACAUCAGAUGUUGGAUUCACAAAUGUCACAUCUUCAAACGGCAUCUUCUUUUGAGUUUCGAAAGAUGAGAUGGCAUAUAAGGAACUUGUCAUUGCUCUUCUUCUCACCUUUCCUCAAGAGGAACAGCCUGCCAAGUGCAAAUUACGUCCAAGAUAUGGAAAGUGCCAUUCCGUUUACCGGAAUUUUUACUUUGAUACUGUGAGCGGCAGGUGCAAGACCUUCAGUUACAGUGGCUGUGGAGGCAAUGCAAACAACUUUCUACAUCUCCUUGAUUGCGAAGCCGAGUGUAUAAGGUUUGGUAAGGACAAUUCUUUUUUUCUUUCUGUUCCUGAUCUUUAAAAAUUAACAAAUAUUUAAAGUGAAAACCUGUUCAAAAUUUCUCUUUUUGCUGCUAGUGAGUCAUUCUCUUGCUGAUUUGAUUCCCUGCUGCUGGAGGUUUCAUGCUGUAAGGUUCUUUUUAAAAUUGUUAAUAGGAAUCAUAGUCCAGCAAAAUCUGGAGGGUCACAGGUUCCCCACUGGUGCCCCACAGCUCCCCAUGCCCCAUUCAAGGUACUCUGGAGGGGCCUCCAACCUACUGAAGCAGAUCUGGGGUGGUCCUGAGGUGAGGGGGAAUCUAUUCUGCCAGUAGUGUCUGUACUGUUGGAUUUCACACACAAUUAUUUUUUUCAUUUUCUUUUAAAAAAAAUAGUUUUAAACUCAUUUGGGAGAGUAGGGAGCACUGAAAGGGAGGUUAACAAACAAACAAACAAACAAACAAACAGACAGACAAACAAACAAACAGUUGACUGAGCUGAGUUCAUGUUCAGGCUCAAAACAGGACUUACUGCAUGGGUUUGAGGUCAGUGAAGACAUCCUACUUUGCUGCCUCCAUUACAUCCUGAGACCCUCCAAGUGUCCCUAUUUUCCAGGGUCAGUCCUGGAUUUACAGAAGCUGUCCCAGUUUCUGAUUUGAUCCUGGAAUGUCCCACUUUUCCUUAGGACAUCCCUGUUUUCAUCGUAGAAAAGUUGGAGGGUAUGGAAAAGGAUGCCCCUAUUUUCAUCAUAGAAAUGUUGGAGGGUAUGCAUCCUUGAGGAGCCAACUAGCAGAACUUAUCCUUUUGUCCAGCUCCUCUCCCCUGGAGAAAACCGCUCUUUAGUGCUCACUUGGAGCAAAUGCCAGUUCCGGUUUUCCAUGGAUUGCCAUUUGUUCUGAUCUACUGCUAAAGAGUUGAUAUUUCCUUGGAAAGGAGUGGGGCAAAGGGGAAACCACCUGGACCAGUGUUUUCUAGGCACGGCACAAGUAGAAGUGGGGAUGAGCCCGUAUUCCAGAGGUUUGUUAUUCCUAACCAGGGGGAUGGACCUUUGGAGCACAUGGUGCCCAGCUGUAAGCAGAUAGCCAAACACUUCAAGGCUCAGGUCGCUUUGCUCUGCUGUGGUUUAGACGUUGCUGUUGUGGCAGUGCCAGCUGAGGUGUCCAUUAGUUCCUUGGAUAUCCUGGCGUAUUAAAGGUAGCUGGAGUGGAGUGGCUGAAUGGGUAAGAGGUAUGGUAAACCUAUAUUUGCAUGAUUGAGUGCAAUCAGGCAGUGGAGCGUGUUUUUCUUUAAAAGUCCAUUCUAAACCUGUUGCUGUUGUUGUUUAGUCGUUUAGUCAUGUCCGACUCUUCGUGACCCCAUGGACCACAGCACGCCAGGCACUUCUGUCUUCCACUGCCUCCCGCAGUUUGGUCAAACUCAUGCUUCAAGAACACUAUCCAACCAUCUCGUCCUCUGUCGUCCCCUUCUCCUUGUGCCCUCCAUCUUUCCCAACAUCAGGGUCUUUUCCAGAGAGUCUUCUCUUCUCAUGAGGUGGCCAAAGUAUUGGAGCCUCAGCUUCACGAUCUGUCCUUCCAGUGAGCACUCAGGGCUGAUUUCCUUCAGAAUGGAUAGGUUUGAUCUUCUUGCAGUCCAUGGGACUCUCAAGAGUCUCCUCCAGCACCAUAAUUCAAAAACAUCAAUUCUUCGGACCUUCUUUAUGGUCCAGCUCUCACUUCCAUACAUCACUACUGGGGAAACCAUAGCUUUAACUAUACGGACCUUUGUUGGCAAGGUGAUGUCUCUGCUUUUUAAGAUGCUGUCUAGGUUUUGGACUUCCGGGGUGGCGCCAUCGGCAAUGGCGGACUCCCUCUCAACUGGAGGGACUAGCUCCGCGGGAAACGGGUCUUCUCCGCUACGGCGAAGCGGGGACCCUUUUAAAAAUCACAGGCGGAUGAAGCCUGUGACCAUGGGACUCGGCGGGCACCUUUAGCGCCCCCCCCAACUCGCUAAGGAACCCACUAACGGGCUCCGAAGUGAAGAGGGGGAAGUGGCGCGGUGCUGUGAGUCAACUGCUAUUUCCGUGGAGCGAAGCCUCAUAGCCGUUGCCGGAGAGUGCUGCCUUUUUCCUGGGACAAUUUGGACUCUAAAAUAAGCACCCGUGAGUACUUAAACUUUGAACAACUGGACCUUAAAUAAAGACUUGCUAGCAGAAAGGAAUUGGAUUUUUAAAAAUUUAUUUCAAUUUGGUACUGAACGGGAAGGUCUAAACAGGAAGUCAGCCUUCCGUUCUUUUGUAGACAGAAUAAAGCAAAGACAACGUAAACUAGAGCUCAGAAAAUCGCCUUUAAAGGAUUGGAUUUCAUCAUUUAAAAUCGUGGAACCCCCCUUCGACAGCAGGAGAAGAAGGGGGAUCUUUUUCAGACUGUUUAAAGUGAGUUUAAAGUAAAGCAACUUUCCUCCGUCCUGAUCCUGGAGUGGGGUGUCAGGACUGACGUUUGAAGUUCAUUGACCAGAGACAAACGUUUUUGACAGAUAGCUAAAAGAAGAGAAACGUAGUGAUUCCACUGUUUCCCUUCGCAUUUUAAAGGGACAAAUAUUGACAAAGUAUCUCAAAAAGGGAAACUUUGUUGCAAGAACAAAUAGAAGUUUUCCCCCUAGAGGGAGACUGUGAAACUGUAACCAACUCCAGGGAGCCGGCAGCUGUUACAGAUUACAAUCGUGGGAAUAGGCAUUUGACCUUGCAGGACAAUGUAUUCAGAAGCUCUGUUGUGUGCUUUCUAUAAAACAAAUGCCCUACUGGAACAGUUACAUGAGAAGAUGAAUUUGAUGGCGACCUCGACUAGAAAAUUUGAACAGGCAGUGGGAAAUUUUGAACAGACAGUGGGAAAAUAUGUGGAGCCCACCCAGGAAUUAAAUCAGGAGUGUGUCCUGACAGAACAGGCCCAACAGGAAUAUGAGUUUUCGGAUUUGACAAAUGAACUUGGAAAAAGCCAGAUUUGGAAAGAAAAGUUUGGUUUGGCUUGGAAAUGGGGGGCUGGAUUGACCCCCCUAUGCUGGGAUGUUUGGACUUUUCAAAUCUGGCAAUGGGCCGUGAGAUGUUUGGGAUUGUGGGGGCUCUUAAUUUUGGAGGAUUUUUGAAACAUGCCUUUAAAUACCAUAUGGAAUUUAGUGCUGAAUAUGGAAAAGGGGCUGAUCUGUCGAGAAGGGUUAAAAAUAUUGCCAAGCUGGAGUUACCAUGAGCAGGAGACAAGGGAAAAUACAGAUACAAAUAUGAAGAAGAGCUGCGGAAGGGACAUGGAAGAGACUUGAGGGCCUCGGAUAUAAGGUUGCCAGGUUAAUGGGCUAGAUUGAUGGGAUAAUAAGGACUGACAAAACCCGGAACCAGGAGGAAGGGACGUUGGAUGAAGAUUGGAUCUGUUUGUAUUUCUUUUUUCUACCAUUAGGACUGUUUUAUAAAAUUGAUGAAUGUCAGAAAAAUGUUGGAAUGAAAUUACUCGGCUUUAGUAAAGAUGUUUAAAGAAUUAUGAAAGAAUAUUAUGGUUAUGAGAAGUUGGUAAGGAUAAGAUUUAAGUUUUAAGCUUUAAGGUUUAUUUUCUUAUAGAAAGAUAAGAUUAAAACAGUUUAGGGUAAUGUAAUGACAGAAUAUUAUGAAAUAUGGAAAGGAUUUGCUGGGAUAAUUAAUAACUAGGAUACAAAGAAAGGGAAGAGGAGGAGGUCAAAGAAAGAAGGUAAUGACAGUUGAGGAUCCGAGAAUAAUGAAUUUGUUUUUAAAUGUUCUAAAUUGUUGGUGGUGUAUUUUUGUUUUGUUUUUCUGUCUCUUUUUCUUAUUUUUGAAUUUGUAUUUGUAUGGUUGGAAGGGGUUUGUUUUUUUUCUUUUUCCAUUUUGUUAAUCAUUUUUAUUUUGUAUUUAUUUUUCUGUUUUUAUUUUAGUUUGUAACACUUUGAAAAUUUCAAUAAAUAUCUUAUAUAUAUAUAAAAAGAUGCUGUCUAGGUUUGUCAUCGCUUUUCUCCCAAGAAGCAGGCGUCUUUUAAUUUCGUGGCUGCUGUCACCAUCUGCAGUGAUCAUGGAGCCCAAGAAAGUAAAAUUUCUCACUGCCUCCAUUUCUUCCCCUUCUAUUUGCCAGGAGGUGAUGGGACCAGUAGCUCUAGAGCUAGUGAAGUGCAAUAAAUAUAGACUGGUCACCAACACCCCUUGCUUGGCAAAACAAGUGGACAGGCCACUUGUGGAACCAUUGCAAGUUUUCCUGGGUGAGACUGAUUAUCUAUAUUUCAUGCGCUUUGGCACUCGUCACGGUGUCCCGUUGUGCCAGAAGCAGUUUAGUCAUGCUGGCCACAUCUCCUGGAAAGCUGUCUGUGGACAAACGCCGGCUCCCUCAGCCUGAAGCAAGAUGAGCGCCGCAACCCCAUAGUCACUUUUGACUGAACUUAACCAUCCAGGGGUCUUUUACCUUUAUCUUUUUAUAGGGCGGUUCCAUUAGUAUCUUCCAGGCUGUGUUCAGAGAAUAGCACUAGUGGGUGCAUCUUGGUCCCCCAGUACUUGUGCUAUGGAGUUCUACAGGACACUAUUCCUCCCCCAGUGCUUUUAAACAUCUAUAUAAAACUAUUGGGAACAGUCAUUAGGAGAUUUGGAGCACCAGUAUAUUUAAUAUUUAAUAUUUAAUUCAUAAUAAGAAUAUUUAAGAAUUCUUAUUAUGAAUUAAAUAUUUAAGAAUAAUUAAGAAUAUAUAUUGCCACAAGGGUUCAUCUGCUUUCUGAUUUAUAUAGCUUUUAUUGGCUGGUUUGAUGUAUAGCUGCUGUGAACCACUUUGAUUUUUUCAAAAAAUGAAUUAGUGGUAUAUCCAUAUUUUAAUUAAUGAAUAAAUUCAGUAAAAAUAACAGAAUGGUAACUUGGGAUAAGAGCACUUCCUGAGUGAGUGUCUAGCUAAUUAUUUCAGCUGCCCACAUACCCCUGUUUUGUCUUCCUGUAGAACCCUGUAUUAAACUGGUUUAACUCAGCACCCACAUCAACCAUGUCAUGCCAUAACAUAGCUAUCGUUUUACUUUUCAUAGGCAAGCCGGACGGUUGGUCAGCUCACACUACCCACAGUAAAGGUGAGAUGUCCUGUUCUUUUCUGCAUUGCAUAUCUCAGUGGGAUUCACGAUUAGUGCAGUGAGAAAGCCUACAUACAUGGGAGGUAAGCCGGCUACAAUGGGCAAGGUGUGUGUUGAGCGCUUAAGCACCAAGAUGUUGAGCAGGGACCCCUUCAGUUUGCCACUCAGUUCUUUGGGACUUGUGGGCAAGGAAGUCUUUCAUGGUUCACACAUCCAGAAUUUUGGGGUCCAAGGGGUUGCGAGCUGCAAGUUGGGCUCCUUCAACAAUUAAAGUUGUGUGGCUCAAUAGUAUGGAACCAGUCAGUAUACUGUUUCCAAUUUAUGGUCAAGUCAACUCCUCAGCCACUUCAGCAGGAAGGUCACAUGGUGGCUCCCACUUUAGAAAGGGCCCCAAACCACUCAAAUAAUACUUGCAGAUUCUCUAGUUUUUAUUGAGUUUAAUAAAGUUGUGGACAUAGAUAAGCCAAUCGUGAGCAUCUCGCCUCUUUACUCUCCUUCUCGUUUACUUGUUUCUCAGCUUCGUGCUUUGCCCAUACCUCGCUGAGAGGCAUUAAUUUAGCUUUAUACGAUGGAAGGCGAGAAAGAAAGAUGGCUGACAGAACUCAUAGAACGGGGUGGAUGAGCUGUGGCUCUCCAGAUAUUGCUGGACUACAAUUCCCAUCAUCCCUGACCAUUGGCCAUGGUGGUGGUGGCUGAUGGGAGCUGUAAUCCAUCUUCUUCAGGAGGGCCACAGUCUAGCCACUACUGGUGCAGACAAAUGAUGCAGAUGUCGUGGCAGCUUCCUACUCUCUGGCUGCCACAGAAAAUUUCAAAGGCCAAGCACAGCUUCAGAGCUAUUAUCUCAUGAACCUACACUACUCCAUGUACCUCAUUAUGCCUAGUGAGCUCUGCUCCAUGAAGCUAUAACAGGUGUUCAUGAAAGUGGUGAUGUGCCAGAUUCUUCUAAAUGGCAAUAGCAGCCUAGUCCCUCCUGGACUCUGUUCUGUGAUUUGGUAACUGGAUGCAACUCUAGAGUUUCUCUGCCUCCUUGCCUGGAAGAGAUCUUGGGAUUUUGAAUAACUGAACAGCACUUUCAAAUGCCAUCUAUGUCUGUUAAAGAAUAGCAGCUCUCUCUCACACACACAAUAUGCAUAUAUAUAUAUACACAUGUAAAUUAGCCACUGGUGAUGUAGAAUGAAGCAAAAUAUGUGGCAGCUGCCACAUAAUAUUUCAAGGGGCAACCACAAUUUCAGGGUUUUUGUUAUCUCAUGACCCCACAUUUCCCCAUAAAUCUCGUCAUCCUCAGUCAGCCCUGGUCAGUCAUUGCUGCUGUGGUGAAAUGCUAACUGCUUCUGAACUGCAGUGGCAGUCUAUUUUAUUUUUUUAAUAAUAUUUUUUAUUAGUUUUCAAUUACAGUCCAAUGAUAGUCUCAUUAUAACAAUACCACUUUAUAAUACAAGCAUGAAUACCAAUCGUUCAAAUACCAAAUUAUAUGAUUUGGAUUUGCGUGCUGGAUUUGAUGAUUUUCUUUAUUUCUGCAUUCCAAAAUCUUAUUAAUUUCCAUUACAUUCCAGUCAUAAUAAUAAUCCCUUAUACAACAACUGCAAUAUUAAUAACUUCCGUUUGUGUUGACACAUUAAAUGAUUUAUAAAACUACAAGUGAGGAACUCAAACUAUAUCCUUGUUCUUCCUGUGUGUGGCAAUUACUCUGUCCAUGGCUUUUCUCCGUCCUUGUAAGAUGUUCUUUCUUUCCCCCGCUUGUUGCUGUUAUGGAUGUGUUUAGGUGGAGCUGAUACCCCAUUAUUGUUCCACAAAUUUUUCCCACAGUAGCAGUUUAACCCCAUCUGGGCUCUCUGUUUCAUGAUUCUAACUUCCUGACUACUGCAGAGCUCCUGUCACAGCCCACUUGGAAGAGAUAAUCUCAGCAGUUUGAAUAAUAGAUACAGGACUUUGAAAUAGGAUUUACAUUAGCUGUGGAAGUGUGAGUGUGUGAGUGAGUGUGUGUAAGAUUUCUAUGCACCCCUCUCUCCCCCAGGCCUCCCUCUGAAAUGCGAACAGCCGAAAGAAACAGGACCAUGCAAGGCUAUGUUCCCACGAUAUUAUUAUGAUGUUUGGGACAAGAAAUGUACGCACUUCAUAUAUGGCGGCUGCGGUGGCAACGAGAACAAUUUCAAAUUUUACUUGGAAUGCUAUGUGGUGUGUGAAAACCCUGGUAAGAAUGAGCCACUUUUAAUGGUUUUAAUAGACAACAAAAAGAACCUGCAGUUUUUGCUAAGCAUUACGCAGUGGCAUAGCGUGGGGGGUGCAGGGGGGGCCAGCCGCACCGGCCGCAACAUCUGGGGGGGGGGGGCGCGCUCGCACUCGCAGCUCUCUGCCCCUACCUGGCUCAACGGAUUAGGGGGCGCAAAUUACUUGCCUUGCCCCGGGUGCUGACAACCCACGCUACACCACUGGCAUUACGCAUGCAUUAUAACUCCCAAACUGGGCAAUCUUAUCUUUAAUCAAGGGAGUGGGGGUGGUGGGACUGGAGCUGUCGGCAUCCUGAGGAAUGGGUCCUCCCAUUCUUGCUUUCUAAAAUGUCAGUAGCAAAGCAGCUUUUGAUGCUAGAAUAGGGAAAGUACAUAGUUUUCAAAGGGGGGGGGGUCUGCAAGUGGUAAAGUACAGUUCCUAGGGCACUUGGGGCAAAUGGGUUUGUUUUUAAAUGUAUUGUAAAUGUACAGUGUAUAUGCAGUGUAAGGAAAAGGGGAAGGUUGUAAGUUAUAAUUUGAAAACAGAAGCAAGAAAUCAAGUGAAUGCCUGGGUGAAUAAUGUAUCAGACAGAUGGCACACGGAAAAGGGAAGGUGUUCAUGUCUGGGUAGAAUCAUGUGAAAAGCAAAGCAGUACUUUUUACUGGGGAGCUUUAAGUUGAGCUCCAAUAAGCCCUUAGCUGAAAUAUAUAACCUCCAACAUUUCUCUGAUGAAAAUAGGGAUGUCCCAUUGCUGCUGCUGCUGCUGCUGCCCCGCCAAUCUGGCUGCCACUGCUAUUCUGGGUGGCUUCCAACAUAUAUAAACAUAUAAUAAAAGAUUUAACAUUUAAAAACUUCCCUCUACUGGGCUGCCUUUAGACUUUUUCUAAAGGUUGUAUCGUUACUUAUCUCCUUGGCUUGGGGCUCGCAUAAGUCCAUACCCUCUAACAUUUCUCCAAUGAUAAGAGGGAUGUCCUACCAUAGCCUCCAACAUUUCUCUGAAAAUAGAGAUGUACUAAGGAAAAGCAAGACAUUCCAGGAUCAAAUCAGAAACUGUGACAGCUUCUGUAAAUCUGGGACUGUCCUUGAAAAAUAGGGACACUUGGAGGGUCUGGAAAUGGCAUAAUGCUUAUUCAAGAAUGGGAUAGUAACUUGGGGUUAAGAGUAGCACUGAAGCAUCUGGAAAAUGGUUUUGGCUCCUGAAAUUCCCACCAGCACUAGCAUCACUCAUUGUCACAGUCCAGGUUACAGGCAGUCGGAGUCCCGGCUUGGUAUGUCGGGACCGGGGUAGAGGUUGGGAAGCAGGAAUCAGCAGUCCAGGGUCAACAGUCCAGGGGUCAGGAAGCCAAGAGUCCACAAAUCAGGAAAUCAGGAGUCAGGAAGCCAAGAGUCUGAGGAUCAGGAAACCAGGAGUCAGGAAGCCAAACCACAGCUAGGUGGGUAACAUGUUGCUGUGGCAAAGAGCCAGGGAAAUGCUGGUCUUAUAUACCCCUCCCAGCCCUUGCCACCAGGUGCUAUGAGUCUUCUGUCAAGCCUCACCUGUGCUUCUGUGCCUUGCUCUUCCAGGCCAAACUCAGGAAGGCCCCAGUCCUGCGAAGCCCUACCAGUCACAGGGCCUGGAUCCUGCACACACUCCUAACACUCACAUUUACUUCUGGCCAUGCUCACUCCCGCUAAUGAUGUCACCUUAAGACUUGCAAGCUUCAGGCAGAAAAGGUCCCUCACACCUGCUGUACAGUAAUAUUGUUCUCCUUAUUCAUUUAAUAGGACACAAGUUUAAUCCUGCGCUGACUCAAGGUGAGCAAAGGUAACAGCUCCGUGGCAUUUUCCUUCUGACCCUCGUAUGCAUUCUGCCUUCCACUCCUGCUGGCUUUCUUCAGUUUGGCAGCUCACUUCUUAAGGUCUUUCCCCACUCUUUCUGUACUACUUUGUCGUUUCCACCCGGGUCCCAGGGCUUGUUUCCUCCCAAGACACAGUGGGAUCUGGCCAUAAACACACAGCCUAACCCCCAUCCCCUGGACUGAGCUACACUGAGCAGGGGCUACAGCAGAGAUCUAGCUGAGAUUGUGAAGCUUCAUGGAGUUCAAGUGAUGUUCAGGUGGAUGAGUGAGGGAGACAGUGGUAUUUCAGACCAAGCUCUGCUCCUCUACUCAGCCAUCCAGCCAUCCCAACUGACUUGGAGCCCUGGAGCAGGGCUUUCCCGGGAAGUCACCUUCUGGUUAAUUGGUCUUCUGUACUCAACCACUGGGGUCAUCAUCAUUCAGAAGAGUCUACUGCCAUCAGUAUUUAUGGAAUGGAUCAUGCCCCAGGAGGACAGCCAUCCUCUGCAUGGGUCAUUCACAUUUGAACCCAAGACUCUCAGCCAAGGUCUUCCCUACUUAUGUUUUUCUCCCACAUCCUGCGUAUUGGCCUCUCUGUCCACGAAUCUCAGAACACUUCCCCUACUUCCUUCCUUUCUCUAGGGGUUCAAGGGCCUACCUACUGAAACAUUCUGAAGUGGAAGCAUAUGCAGCCCUCUGCACCUAUGGCCAUGUUCUUCUGCUGAUCUCCAUGCCCAUCUCUUUAAACCUCUCUCUCUCUGCUCACGCAACCUUCUGUUUGUUUUAGGGCCAUAGCUCAGUGGCAGAGCAUGUGCUCUGAAUGCAGAAGGCCCCAGAUUCAAUCCCAGGCAUCUCCAGGUGAAGCUGGGAAAAAGUGUCCCUGCCUGAAACCCUGAAGAGCUGCUGCCAGUCAGUGUAGACAAAUGUGUCCUCUUCUUUGCUCUUCAAACUAUGACACACACCCCCAUACAUAUAUAUAUGAAUGAAACUUGUCUUUGUGCUUCUCUUUCUCCUCUAAUGCCAGAAACUCUGCUUGAGACAUGCAAACAACCAAAAAACCCGGGACCUUGCAAAGCAGCCUAUCCUCAUUUUUACUAUGAUUCCCAAAGCAAGACGUGUAAGCCUUUCAUAUACGGUGGCUGUCAAGGCAACCAAAAUAACUUUGAAACUGAAGAGGAAUGUAUGCAGGAGUGCAUGUAGGCGCUGGUAAGAUCACAGAUUUCUUUAGAACUUUUCCAGGGAACCCAGAGAACCUCCCUUUUCCUCUUAAUGCUAUUUAUACAACAGUUCUGUUCCAAAGGCAUGAAUACAAUAUCCUGACUUCAAGGGAGAAGGAUAGGUUUUCUUCCGGGGGAUAGCCUCUGAGUUCAGGAGGGAGGUAAUGAGAUGCACUCUGUUUGAUGGUAUGUUUUUUCGUGCAAACUACCUUCUCACCAACAGAUUAGAUUAUCAUGGUUCCCCUUGUCUGGUAUGAAAGUAACCCUCAGUCCAUCGGUAAUGAUCAUGAAUUAGAACAAAUUAGAACAAUGCUUUUGAAAGAUCAGUAGAGUAGCAGAGAGAGGAGAGGAGAGGGAGAAGAGAAAAGAAGAGCACAUUCAUUUAUAGUGUGUGAUUUUGUUGGGGGCAAUGGCACUCAUAUAAGCACAUUCCACACACUUUUUACAGGCUGUAUAUACACCAUACAUUUAAUAAUAAAAAUAAAUUUAAAAAAAUUAUUUAUAUCCCGCCCUCCCCAGCCGAAGCCGGGCUCAGAGCGGCUAACAACAUUAAAAUGAUACAACAUUCUAAAAUCAUUUCAUUAUAAAAUCAAUUCAAAUCAGAUCAAUGGCAACCAUUGGGUUAGAGUUCUGUGAGGAUUGCCAAAGGAGGGGGUCAGGCUGUGCCCUGGCCAAAGGCCUGGUGGAACAGCUCUGUCUUGCAGGUCCUGCGGAAAGAUGUCAAGUCCCGCAGGGCCCUAGUCUCUUGUGACAGAGCGUUCCACCAGAUCGGAGCCACAGCCAAAAAAGCCCUGGCUCUGGUUGAGGCCAGCCUAACCUCUCUGUGGCCCGGGACCUCCAAGAUGUUUUUGUUUGAAGGCCGUAAGGUCCUCUGUGGAACAUACCAGGAGAGGCGGUCCCAUAGGUACACAUCUUUGUCCCCCCACAAAAUUCCUGAGAAGUGUAGCUUGUUAAGCAUGCUAGGAUUUGUAACUCAUUGAGGAGUAAACUACAGGAUCCUUUGGGAAAGCACACGACACAUGUACAGCAUAUGUGGUCAUGCUAGCUUGAAAUUUCAAGUAGUCACCUGAUGUCUAUGGGCUUCAGGGAGUAUGAACAUUUGGAUCGGAGCUUUUACUAUGAAAAGAGGUGACCAGUGGGCUGGGUCUUUUCCCAGGCCUUCGGGUAUUUAACCUUCCCCUGGGCAUGGCGCCAAGCCCCACUACUGGUCAGUUGGUACCGCGCCCAGGGGAAUGCCUCCUAAAUUCCUGUUGCCAUUGGCCACUUCAGUGGCAGGAGGACGGUCCGGCCUGCUAGAGGCCGGUUCACAGGGGAGACCUGGUGUCUGCCCGCAAAGCCACCCACCCAAGGAGGGCAAACAGACCUAUGAAAAUACGUGAGCAGUUGGUUGUGGUCUUUCCCCAAACCUUCGCAUCCCUAGCUACAACAGGGAUGCCAUUCCCAUAUGUCUCUGGGCAGAAAACUACCCUAUUUGACUGACAUGUGAAUAUUAGGAUAUUAGGAUUACUGAAUAUUAGGAGAACCACUGACUUUUCAUUCCCUGAUGAGAAGGGUCUUGCUACCUCUGUUGUUUUGAGGGCUAUCAAAAAUUCCUGGAUGCCAAUAACUAAGGUUGGGGUAAGUACUCUUGGUUGAGAGAAACACUGUGGAGAUUUAAAAUCACAAAAUAUGGAGCAAAGCAAAGCGUGGGAAUACAGGCCAUGAAAACCUUAAAAUGUGCCCUUAAUGUGAGUUCCAAAGUUUCCCUCUUUCCCUAGCAUAGAAAAAGACCACACACUUGCUAAAUUAAAAAUUGUGUACUUACAGCUACUACAGCUAAUCCAGAAUACAGCAGCUAGACUGGUGACUAGGAGUGACCACCCAGACCAUAUAACACCAGUAUGUUUCUAAGCACAAUUCAAAAUGCUGGUGCUGAACUUUAGAGCCCUAAAAGGCUUCAGCCCUAUAUACCUGAAGGAGUGUCUCCACCCCCAUCGUCCAGCCCAGACACUAAGAUCCAGUGCCGAGGGCCUUCUGGUGGUUCCCUCAUUGCAAGAGGUGAGGUUACAGGGAACCAGGGAGAGGACCUUUUUGGUAGUGGCACCGGCCCUGCGGAACGCCCUCCCAUCAGAUGUCAAGCAGAUAAACAGACAUGUGAUUUCUAAAAGACACCUGAAAGCAGCCUGUUCAGGGAAAUUUUGUAGAAAAGUCACAAACUCAUAACAAUACACAGGAAACAUGUUGUUGAAAAUAUCAUAUCUCCCCUCAGUCUCCUCUUUUCCAGGCUAAACAUACCCAGCUCCUUCUACCGCUCCUCAUAAAUCUUGAUUUCCUGCUCCUUUAUCAUUUUGGUUGCCAUCCUCUGCACACAAUCUAGCUUGUCAACAUUCUACUUAAAUUGUGGUGCCCAGAAUUGGACACAGUAUUUCAGGUGUGGUCAGACCAAGGCAGAAAAGAUUGGUACCACUACUACCUUUGAUCUGGACACUAUACUUCUGUUGAUGCAGCCUAGAAUAGCAUAGCUUUUUUUGCUGCAGCAUCACAAUAUUGACUCAUGUUAAGCUUGUGAUCCAUCAAGACCUCUAGAUCCUUUUCACAUGUACUCCUAGUAAGCCAAGUGUCCCCCAUCUUAUAUUUGUGCAUCAGGUUCUUCCUGCCUAAGUGUAGAACCUUACAUUUGUCCCUAUUGAAAUUUAUUUUGUUAGCUCGGACCCAGUUCUCCAAUCUGUUAAGGUCAAUUUGAAUUCUGAUUCUGUCUUCUUCAGCAUUAGCUACCCUCCCAGUUUGGUGUCUUCUGCAAAGUUAAUGAGCAUCCCCUCAAUUCCUUCAUCCAAGUUGUUUAUGAAUACGUUGAACAACAAUGGGCCCAGAACACAACCGUGUGGCACCUGACUUGUCACUUUCCCCCAUUAAUGAGGAACCAUUGGGUUUGGUCAGUCAACUAGCUACAAAGCCACCUAACAGUCACAUUGUUCAACCCACAUUUUAUCAACUUUUUCUCAAGAACAUCAUGGGGGAUUUUGUUGAAAGCCUUACUGAAAUCAGGAUACACUAUGUCCACAGCAUUCCCCUGAUCCACCAAACUUGUAAUGCCAUCAAAAAAAGAAAUUAGAUUAAUUUGGCAUGACUUAUAUUUGAGAAACCCAUGCUAGAUCUUAGUAAUCACAACAUUCUUUUCUAGGUGCUCACAGACCGACUGUUGAAUUAUCUGUUCGCAGAACCUACCUGGUAUCGAUGCCAAGCUCACUGGUGCAUAGUUAACUGGGCCUUCAUUUUUCCCCUUUUUGAAGGUGGGGACAACAUUUGCCCACCUCCAGUCUGCAAGAUUUCUCAAAGAGCAUUGGCAAGAGCUCCUCCUCUAGGGUCCUCCUCCACCUCUUCCUGCUCCCCCUCCUCACGAGGGGUGCUGCCAAAACCUCCCCACCACUCAUCCUCACUCUCUUCCCAGUCUCCUCCUACCAGUGGUGUAGCAAGGUCAGGUGGUACCCGGUGUGGAAAAUUUAUUGUCACCUCCUCCCCCCAUUGAAAUUAUUAAAAGGGAAAAUAAGAA